AUGGUGGAGCCGGAAAGGAGAGGUGACAGAACGCCAGGAACUGAAAGUUUGAUCAGUAAAAGGUUUGCACUUUCAAGCGAAAGCGUGUUGCAGGUAAGUAUGAUAUUAUUUUGGAAAUUUUAGAUAUUUUUGCCUACAGGCACAUUUUUAAAAUUUAAAAUUUUUAAAUUCAUUUUUUUUUAAUUAAAAAUUUUUAAAUUUCAGGGCAAGUCGGACUCUUCGAAUGCCACAAAUACCUCCAAUUCAACGGCGACGAAUACAAGCACGGCACGUUUAAAUGUGAACAGUGCUCCAAGAGGACCACCGGUAGCUGGGCAGGAAUCUCAACCAGAAAUGGUGCCGGUCCUUGGCAGUAAACAUCCACAAUAUAGGACAUUGCCGUGAGUUAUUGAAAUAUUAUGGUUUGUAAAGAAAGUUCCUACAAUUUUUUGUUUUGUAAAGAAAGUUCUCGCCAUUUCAGACUUUGUAAAGAAUUUUCUUGCCAUUUUAGGUUUUGUAAAGAAAGGUUUUGCGUUUUUGAGUUUUGUGAAGAAAGUUCUUGUCAUUUUAUGUUUUGUAAAGAGUUUUUGCCAUUUCUUGUUUUGUAAAGAAAGUUCUUGUUUUCAGAGCCACAAACAAGACUACAGCAUCGCCAGUGAAGAAGAAGCGAUUUGGAUGGUUUCGACGAAAGAACAAGACCAAAAGAAGUGAUAUCAAGUCAAGAACAACAUUUACAACAUUACAUAAGCAUUGUAUGACACCGUCGUAUCAGUUUUUCCACCUUGUAGCCAAAAUAAACGUUGUAGUGACUGGUCAAUUACUUUUUUUUUGUGAUUUUUAG